AUUGGAUGAGUAUCUCCCAGUGAUGAGACAACUGUCAUCGGGUUCGGUGCGUCGUGCUGGUGUUCGUAGCGGGUUAAAGUGAUGAAAUAAAACCAGGGGAGACAGAUCAGGCAUUACGAAGGGGAACCAUAAUUACAACUUCCGGUGAAUUUGUAGGAACAGUGUGGAACGAGCUGAAAACGCAGCAAAAUGGAACCGCUAGACAUUUUGAUCUCCGUUGUGAUGCUCUGUCUGGCGGUGUACUUUCUGCUCGAUAGGCGCUUCCAGUACUGGACCGAUCGAGGUGUGCCGCAAUCGAAGCCGGAGCUAGUUUUUGGAAACGUUCGUGAGGUGAGCAGAACGAUUCAUUUGGCGGACAAGUUUCGGGAGAUUUACAACGAGCUGAAGGGCAAGCAUCCGCUGGUGGGAGUGUAUCUGUUCUUCAAGCCGGUAGCGUUGAUCACGGAUCUGGAGCUGCUGAAGUGUGUGUUUGUGAAGGAUUUCCAGUACUUCCACGAUCGCGGUACGUACUACAACGAGAAGCAUGAUCCGCUCACGGCACAUCUGUUCAACAUUGAGGGUCAGAAGUGGAAAAACCUUCGCAAUAAGCUGUCACCCACGUUCACGUCCGGGAAGAUGAAGAUGAUGUUCUCCACGAUCGUGGCGGCUGGCAAACAGUUUAAGGACUUUAUGGAGGAAACGGUACACGAGCAGGUGGACUUUGAGCUGAAGGAUGUGCUGGCACGCUUCACGACGGACGUGAUCGGGAUGUGUGCGUUCGGCAUCGAGUGUAACAGUAUGCGCAAUCCGGACGCAGAGUUCCGUGUGAUGGGCCGAAAGAUCUUCUCCAAGCCGCGUGGUAAAGUGAAGAGUCUUGUGAUCAACUCCUUGCCACGGCUGGCAAAACUUAUUGGGCUCCGCACCCUCGAUCCGGAGGUUUCAGACUUCUUCAUGAACGCGGUGCGAGAUACGAUCAAGUACCGGGUCGAGAACAAUGUGCAGCGGAACGAUUUUAUGGACAUUCUUAUCCGCAUGCGAAGCGAUAAGGAAACUAAGUCGGACGAUGGUACGCUAACGUUUAACGAGAUUGCGGCGCAAGCGUUCGUAUUUUUCCUGGCCGGAUUUGAGACAUCUUCCACGCUGCUAACGUUUACACUGUACGAGCUGGCGCUAAACCAAGAGGUGCAAGAUAAGGGCAGACGCUGUGUGAAGGAAGUGCUCGCCAAACACAAAGGAGAGCUUACGUACGAUGCUGUGAUGGAGAUGAACUAUCUGGACCAGAUACUGAAGGAGAGUCUUCGCAAGUAUCCACCUGUUCCCGUUCACUUCCGUGAAACCUCCAAGAAGUAUCAGGUACCCGGCACUAAAACAGUACUCGAAGCAGGAACCUCUGUCAUGGUGCCAGUGCACGCUAUUCACCGCGAUCCGGAACAUUUCCCCGAUCCGGAGCGCUUCGAUCCGGACCGGUUCACGGCGGAACAGGAAGCCAAACGGCAUCCGUACGCAUGGACCCCGUUUGGGGAGGGUCCAAGAAUUUGCAUCGGGUUGCGGUUCGGCAUGAUGCAGGCACGGAUCGGAUUGGCCUAUCUGCUCACUGGGUUCCGGUUUACACCGAGCGCAAAGACGAUAGUGCCGAUGGAGUUUGACAUUAAGAGUUUUAUCCUCUCGCCAGCGGGAGGAUUAUGGCUGAAGGUGGAGAAGUUGAACUCAUUAUUCAGAAAAAUGGAAUUUUCCGAUGUGGCAGUAACUGUCGGGAUGCUGUGUAUAAUCAUUUACCUCCUGUUGGUUCGACAGUUUCGCUACUGGACGGAACGCAAUGUGCCCCAGCUGAACCCGCAUCUUCUUUUCGGUGAUGUGCGCGACGUGAACAAAACCUAUCACAUUGGUGAAAAGUUUCGUCAGCUUUACAACGAGCUCAAAGGAAAACAUCCAUUCGGUGGCAUUUACAUGUUUACUAAACCCGUUGCACUAGUAACCGAUCUGGAGCUUGUGAAGAAUGUUUUUGUGAAGGAUUUUCAGUACUUUCACGAUCGCGGUACGUACUACAACGAGAAGCAUGAUCCACUGUCGGCGCAUCUGUUCAAUCUGGAGGGCUACAAGUGGAAGUCGCUACGGAAUAAGAUCACACCUACAUUCACUUCGGGGAAGAUGAAGAUGAUGUUUCCAACGGUUGUAGCGGCCGGCAAACAGUUUAAAGACUACCUGGAGGACGCAAUCGGCGAGCAAGAAGAAUUUGAGCUAAAGGAGCUGCUGGCUCGCUAUACGACGGACGUGAUCGGAACGUGUGCGUUCGGCAUCGAGUGUAACAGUAUGCGCAAUCCGGACGCGGAGUUCCGAGUGAUGGGCAAGAAGAUCUUUGGACGUUCCCGUAGCAACCUGCAGCUGUUGCUGAUGAAUGCUUUUCCGAGUGUAGCAAAGCUCGUGGGCAUCAAGCUGAUCCUACCGGAGGUUUCGGACUUCUUCAUGAACGCGGUGCGAGAUACGAUCAAGUACCGGGUGGAGAACAAUGUGCAGCGGAACGAUUUUAUGGACAUUCUUAUCCGCAUGCGUAGUGACAAGGAAACUAAGUCGGACGAUGGUACGCUAACGUUCCACGAGAUUGCUGCACAGGCGUUCGUUUUUUUCGUGGCCGGAUUUGAGACUUCCUCAUCGUUGAUGGCUUUUACGCUGUACGAGCUGGCGCUGGAUCAAGACAUGCAAGAUAAAGCAAGGAAAUGUGUAACUGACGUCCUUGAGCGCCACAAUGGGGAGCUCACGUACGAAGCGGCGAUGGAAAUGGAUUAUUUGGAUUGUGUUCUUAAAGAGUGUCUUCGAAAGCAUCCACCAAUAUCGGUUCAUUUCCGAAUCACGGCGAAAGACUACAUCGUUCCUGGUACAAACUCUGUUCUUGAAGCGGGAACAUCCGUCAUGAUUCCUGUGCUUGGCAUUCAUCACGAUCCGGAGCAUUUCCCCGAACCGGAACGCUUCGAUCCGGAACGAUUCACCGCGGAACAGGAAUCGAAGCGCCAUCCGUACGCAUGGACACCAUUCGGCGAGGGUCCUAGGAUUUGUGUGGGACCACGAUUUGGGCUGCUGCAAGCUCGAAUUGGAUUGAUCUAUCUGCUCACAAGCUUUCGUUUUGUUCGUUGCUCCAAAACUCCUGUCCCUUUGCGGUAUGCCCUAAAGAAUCAAAUUCUUUCUCCAGAAGCGGGUAUGUGGUUGAAGUUGGAGAAGCUCAAUGAGGUGUAACGUUAAGAAAAAAAACUGAUUAAGAUAGACUGCAAGCACUAAAAGGCCCAUUGUUUGUUUAGUUGGGUUGAUGUCCGAGGUUCUUGGUAUCUCCUGAGCUGAACAAUGUGUUUAUAAUCGAUGAUACCGAUCUUUUCUGGAUGCGAUGGGCAUAGCCGGUACUGUUAUUCACUGUGCAAUAAACCUGUUGAAUGAGAAGACGGACACAAGAAUGAAA